AUGGACUACACGCACCAAUUCUUUGCGGGCAACCAGCCCUUCCAGCACCAGUUCAUCGGUAUUCCCCCGGUUACCCCGUCCCACUCCAAUUCCGCCACCUCCGACGACUACACGACCACAUCACCACCGGAGGGCUUUCAUGAGUUUGCCAACGAGCAUUUCCCGGCGUUUGAGAAUUAUGGUGUCCAGUUUGCACCGCAGCAGCCCAUCUUCCCCGGCCCGCCGACGCCGCCGGGGCAGUCGAUAUCGCUUGGCGCCGUCCACGGCGGCCAGCAACAGCCGCCUCCGCCACAGCAGCAUGCCCCGGUGACAUCCGUGCCCGCUACCGGUCCGUUAGCAACCACCUCGGCCAUGGUCAUUGACCAGGAUAUCCUGUCGACGAAACCCGACCUGGGCAUGACCGACGACAUUCAGCAACAGCAGGACCAAAGCCGCCGGGGCGGCUCAAACUCUGACGAUGACGAGAUGACACCAGCACAGUCACGACGGAAAGCCCAAAACCGAGCAGCGCAGCGCGCAUUCCGUGAACGAAAAGAACGCCAUGUUAAGGACCUCGAAACCAAACUCGCAAACCUUGAGGCCUCGCAGAAUAAGGCGGUUUCCGAGAACGAGAAGCUGAAGCGAGACCUGCAAAAGGUCAGCACGGAAAAUGAGAUUCUACGCGCAACAUCUUCUCUGCAGGCUGCUGCUGUGGCCGCCGGCCCAUCACCGGGAAGCGAUGGCGUCGGGGGCCCGAUUCUGACCACCGGUCCGAUGACAUACAACCCGACCGAUUUUUACACCGACCUUCUGUCCAAUCACGAUAUCAAGACGCCGAGCCACCGUAUUGCUACAUCUGACUCGGGCGAGCGUCUCUUGGGUGCUGGUGCGACGUGGGAUCUGAUUAUUGGCCACGAGUCCUUCAAGCGCGGCUUGAUUGACGUGGCUGAUAUCAGCAAUCGGCUUAAGAACCAAGCAAAGUGUGACGGGCAAGGUCCUGUUUUUGAAGAGCGUGCCAUUUUGAAUGCCAUCGAGCAGAGCGUUGGAAGCGGCAGCGACUCCCUCCUCUGA